AUGGCACAAAUAUCACAAUCGCCCCUCCUCCGCUUACCACUUGAAAUCCGUCUAAUGAUCUAUGAAUACGCCCUCGAUGUGCCGAACGAGUACAUGGACAGACCGCUGAUCGUGGUCAACGAUCGUGGAAAUGCCUUCACAGCGCGGGGCCGCUACCGCGCUCUAUCAAUGUGUCCCAGCUGGGUAGGCGAGAACGGCAAGGUGCGCAGUCUACUCUCGGUGAACCGACAAAUCCACGAUGAAGUCGAAGACUUCCUGUACUCGCAUAAUACGCUCUUCUUUCUCAAUGCGUUUAGUCUGGACCGGCUUGGUGCGUUCCUAGAUACGCUUAGUGAGACGGCGCGCAGGCGCAUUCGCAGCGUCGGCUUCGAGAUCUUUUUCUUUGUGCAUUCGCAGACGGGCGUGCCGAAGCGGACGUUGAAGGAGUAUGAGCGCGCCGGGAAGAUUCUGAGUGAGAAGCUGCCGAAUUGGAGCAGUGUUGUGUUUUACCUUGAUCCGAGGUUUUAUUUCCCGUCGGCGGCUGUUGGGGGCAGGGAGUUGUCGGCUAGGGGUGUUUGGUAUCUGGCGACGAAGUUUGGGGCGAUGAGGAAGGAGAUGCAGUUUUUCGCGCUGCCGUCCAUUCAUCGGCAUGUUAUGGACGAGGCCAAAACGAAGAUUCAGAUGGGGAGGAGGGGGUCGCAGGAGCGAGCAUUUCUUUAG